AUGGUUACCUGGAACUCUACCGGGUACUCUACCAAGGAAAUGAUGUCUACUUCCAAGAGAACCCUUGAGGGCCUGGAGCACUCAAAGGAAAAGAGGGUCUGUCGCCCUGCCCCCCUCAAGCUCAAAGGUUCCUCCGAUAUGCCGGCUCAUCUGGCCAAUGGGGAUAACCUGUCUCCAUUUGUGACUGGCCAGCCCUCGCCAAUUCCAGGAAAGAUGUUUAGCAACGUGUUGAAGAUCAAUGAACCAUUCAAGACCGCACCCACCGAAUUGGUCAAUGGCGAUAACCUGUCUCCUCGCCUGGUCCAAGAGCUUGGCCAGCCAUCUCCAAUCUCCCACGCCCUGCUCAACAAGUCACUGAACAUCAACGAACCAUCCGAGGCCACUCCUACUCAGGGACCAUUCCUCUUUUCUGGCACCCAAGAAAAAGCUCAGCCCAUUGUCAAGUUUAACCCUCGUCUUUCCACCCCCAAGAACGGGGCAUCCAACACCGUGAACGUGAACUGGCCACUGCCAUACACUCGUACCGUCGGUCCAGUCAACGAGGAUGGCUUCGCUGUGGUUACCCAGACCUGGUAUGACUACAGUUCUAUGGCCGAUUCGGACUCGCAGUCCUCGGGAUCUCCUCGUUCGUUCCACUUCGACCCCCGAUCUUUCCCCCCUCCUCGAACGCGCACUCGAGUUCAGUACUUCGGCCGGCCCGAUGGAAGAGCUCGCAAGAAGCCGCGCUUUAUUAUGGGAUUUCGCCGUGGUUGCCCUCAGUGUCACAACCGGGUUCCUGGUCAUCGCAACCAUAUUAUCUUUAGUUGA